AUUCUGAUAACGCAAUGAUAUGGAAUAAUGACAUGUUUGUGAAUAUUAAUUAAGGACCAUCUUCGGGAUGGGUAUAAAAGGGGGGAUUUUUCAGGAACAUCUUCAUAUUCACUCGUCGACUCAACAGAGGAGCUACUAAGAGAAGAAAGAUGGCUUUAAAACUGAUAUUGACGCUGGGUUGUCUGUCGAUGUUGCUUGCGUUAAGCCGCGGGCACAUCGGAGGGAACGCCGCCGCGUUCCAGAACGUUCGCCCGCAGUACUACUGCGGCAGGACCCUGGCGCGAGCCAUCGCGCUCAUCUGCUACGAUGUCCUCCCCGGCGAAAAAAGGUCUUCAACUGGGACUAUGUAUAAUGCACUCCUCCCCGCAAACUAUAAAGAGCAAGAGAUGCGCAGCGAAUGGCCGCGCAUCGCGCAGCAAGAAGCCCACCGUCUGGGACUUCCAUCUCGUGGCAAGCGCUACAUCGUCAACGAGUGUUGCGAUAAAGCUUGCAGCGUCGAAGAGCUGCUAUCCUACUGCGCCUAACUGCACACGCAGCAAUGGAACCAAAACACGGCUUAAAAUACGACUAACGCUUGCUUACUUGUAAUCGAACUAUAUACUCUCUAUAUGAUAAUCCUUAUAUUAAUCUUUUAAUACCCUCAGUAUAAUAUUUGUGAACUUAAAAAAACAUUUGUACCGAAAAAGUAAAAUAGAUUCAAUGCUUCUAGUUUUAAAACUCAAAUUCCUCUACAUCAUCAAUAGCAUCUAGCUAAACACUACUGUAAAUAAAAAUCUGCAGGGGAAUUAACUAUAGGUACCGUUUUGAAUUUAGAACUAUUGAGUUUAUUUUAGUUUUACGAAAACGAUUGAUUUUUGUAGCUUUCAAGUAUUGUACUGGGCAUUAUAGACGUUUUAAUAGAUACAUUUUUAAACUGACAAAUAGACAGACAGCGCAGGUCUUUAUUUUAGAAUACGUAUAGAUGAUACAUAAUUUCUAAUAGUAGCAAUUAUUGACAAUAAGCUAAAAGUAUUUAAUUUUCAAGAGAUAAACCUGAAUUAAAAGUUGACUAUUAAAAUGGCUAUAAGAUAUUUUAGCAAACUGUAUUGCUAUAUUAUUAUGCUUAAUAAUUAAUAUAAUUUUAAUUUGUAGAAUUAAAAUGAAAAAGAGAAUGUCGAUUCUACUCUGGUUGUGUGACAAAUUUACUCUAUAAAUUAAAAUUGUUUUAAAGCAAAUAUAUAAUCAUGAAUGCAUUA